GGCUCAUUUCCUCCCUGGCUGGAGUCUUGGCUGCUCGCCUGCCUCUUUUCCUGGUGACCCAGGAGCUCAGAUUAGGCAGGGUCUGCCGCCUUUGCCUCUGCUUGCCAAGACCUGCCCCUCUAUCAAGGUGAGGGAUCUGCGUAGCUGGACAGGUUCUGUGGAAUGGUUAACCUGAGGCAAUCUCACCCUGAGCCAAUCAUCGCAGGCGGCAGAGCAGGGCAGCCGAGAGUCUACAGCACCUAGGCACCUGCCCCAGAGCCUUUCUUUGGAGAAGCCAGACAGCCAGACAGCCAGCAGCAGGCACACUUGCCCGUCUCCUGCAGGUCCCAGAAGAGAGCCUUGCCCUGGCCAACCCAGCCAUGCCGCCUCUCCCCUGGGCAGCCGCCGUCGCCGUCGUCCUGCUCUGUCUCACAGGGGUGGCGAUGCCAGGGCCCGGCCCGGAGGAUGCCAGCCUGGACCCGGCCCUGCUGGAGCUGCGGACUCUCCUGGCGUCGGGCGAGGAAGGUGCUCUGCUGCAGGGCACCCUGGAAUCCCUGUUAAAUAUUGCGGUGGGUCGUGUGCAGUGCCAGGCAGUGCCGUGUGAAAAGUGUCUCUCUGCUCCAGAUAUUUUUACACUCACAAAGAGAAAAACUCCCAGGGAUGCCAACCUCACAUCCUCGGAGCUGUUGCCGUUCUCCGCUGGCCUGGUCUACUACCUCACUGACCCCACGGCAGCUUGCCAGGCAGUGGUGGAUGGAGACUGGGUGACCAAGGUCCGCACUUUGCAGAGCGAAUUCUUAGAGGGGAAUUCUGCCGCUGGCCCUGAUCAAAAGAAGGUGGCCGAGCUGAUGGGGGCCAUUCAGAGAAACAUCCAGGAAAAUGAAAGACAUGAGCCCUGUGCAGGAGUGGACCAGAUCCUGGAGAGCAGCGCACGGAUCUCCAGGCGAGUAGCCUCGGACCCAGCUGGGCGGGUGCUGGCAGCUGUUGGCUACCAUGCCCUGGCGGGGGGCUGCUUCCAUGCCCUCCCCCCUGAGGACUACUUUGUGGAGUACAUCUUUGGGCGAUACGGCAACAAGACCCACAACCUCACCCUGGAAGGCUUGGCCAAGCUGAUGGAUCAGCUCGAAGUGGGUCCAAAGGUGUCCCAUGCAGGACACGACCACGGGGAACCUGGGCACGAGCACCCUCACGGCGACCACGCGCACGACGAGGGCGCCAUGCACAACCAUCCUCAUGAUCAUGGUGAUCAUGAGGACCAUCACCACGGCAAUGACACUGACCAUCACCAUGGCGAGGAAAUGGACCACCUUGGAAACCAGACGGAGAAGAACGUGGCCCGGCGGAGGCGAAGUCUGCCUGGAACGGGAGAGCAGGACGCGAACGUCUGGGAUACGGUCUGCCUCAGCCCCAGUGACCUGUUUGAGAUUUACGGGAUCGACGAAGGCGCAGGAAUCUCCAGCCCCGAUUUCAGCCGCGUGAGCCCAGCGCUGGUGCAGCAGCAGCUGAGCAAAGCCUGCUCUGCCCCCCGGAAUGCCCCUGCCGAUGGGCGGCUCACCACUGCGCAGAAAUACAUCUAUGGCUCGUUGGCAACCCUGCUGAUCUGUCUGUGUGCCCUGUUUGGCAUCGUGGUCCUUCUCUGCACCACCUGCAUCAGCGCCUACCAGUACGUGAUCCAGCUCUUCGUCAGCCUGGCGGUGGGAUCCCUCACCGGGGAUGCCAUGCUCCAUCUCAUCCCCACGUUCCUGGGUCUCCAUUCUCACUCCCACGGCGAGGGCCACUCCCACGACCCCCACGGAGCCGAGGGCCACAAUGUCCUGUGGAAGCUACUGGCCGUGCUGGGGGGGCUCUACCUCUUCUUCCUCCUCGAAAAGUUCUUCAUCCUCCUGGGGCACUCGGACGACGACGAGGAGCACAGCACAGGGCACCAGUGCGACCACGGCAUGUCCCUGCAGCUCUACCAAGACGAGAUGAAGAGGAGGAAGCAGGAGAAAGGUGCUUCUCACGCUGACCUGGUGACUGCUGAGGAGGCAGAUUUCAGCCGGAUGCGGAAGAAAGAGAACCUCAGUCGGGAGCAGAGGAUGCUGCCGUACAUGAUCACCAUCGGAGACGCCAUCCACAACUUCGCCGACGGGCUGGCCGUCGGCGCUGCCUUCUCCUCGUCUUGGAAGACGGGUCUGGCCACCUCGCUGGCGGUCUUGUGCCACGAACUGCCCCACGAGCUCGGGGACUUUGCCGCGCUGCUCCACGCCGGGCUGAGCGUCAAGUGGGCUUUGCUGCUCAACUUCCUCAGCGCCCUCACAGCCUUUGUGGGCCUCUACAUCGCGCUUUCUGUGUCCACGGGAGACGAAUUCGAGGCCUGGAUUUUCACCGUGGCCACUGGCCUCUUCCUCUACGUGGCCCUGUGCGAUAUGCUCCCGGCCCUGAUGAACGUGAAAGAUAAGCGUCCGUGGCUCCUCUUUGCCCUGCAAAAUGUGGGACUCUUGGCUGGCUGGGCCAUCCUGCUGGUGCUUUCCAUCUUUGAGGACAGAAUCGCACUUUGAGCGCAGCAGCGCACCUCUCGCUUGCCUGCAGGCGUGGCGAGGUCUGGGCUGUCCUUCGCCAGAGACUAGAGAGUGGGCGGACAAAGGCCCGGCUGUCACAAUCCUCAAAAUCAGAGACUGGGGACUUUCUUUGCCUUUCAAGCAGAACGGGGAUGCGAGCACACAGGCGCCCAUACCCACAGCACGGCCUUGAACGAUGCCCAAGCAACAGCUCCCCUCUCCCUCUUCUCCUAUUUAUUGCAUUUUCACACGCCACCCCAAUCUCCAAACGGUGCGUGUUUCCAGGGUUUGCAGGCGCGCUUUACCCAGGGUCUGGGCUUCCUUUGGAAAUGGGGCACAGCAGAGGCUGUGGCAUCUCUACGAUAUAUGGUUUAUUUACCUGUCUACACAACCCGAGUCUAGAUGGUGGGCAGAUACUGGAAUUCCAGCUAGGCUUGGUUCCCAUCUACGAUGGCCGCUUGCCCUCUUUACUUGAAACACAAUGUCCCCUGAGGUUGGGCAAGGGAAUGGUCGUUGGGCCAGUGCCCAACUGGGCUGACCGCUGGUGUGAAUAAUAAGGGACAAAUUCAGAAGCCAUAAGCCAGUCCUAGCUGGGUAAAUCAUGGGGAGGAAAGCUGCUACCGGUAGUUCAGGGGUGAGAGACCGGGGUUCGUCCCUGGCAUGUCCUGUUCAAAGCAUCUUAGAUGGCGGGGUCAAAAAAGGAAGAUGCUUCUCUGCUUGGGACCCUGGAAAGACUGUUGUUGUUUAGUCGUUUAGUCGUGUCCCACUCUUCGUGAUCCCAUGGACCAUAGCACCCCAGGCACUCCUGUCUUCCACUGCCUCCCGCAGUUUGGUCAAACUCAUGUUCGUAGCUUCGAGAACACUGUCCAACCAUCUCGUCCUCUGUCGUCCCCUUCUCCUAGUGCCCUCCAUCUUUCCCAACAUCAAGGUCUUUUCCAAGGAUUCUUCUCUUCUCAUGAGGUGGCCAAAGUAUUGGAGCCUCAGCUUCACGAUCUGUCCUUCCAGUGAGCACUCAGGGCUGAUUUCCUUCAGAAUGGAUAGGUUUGAUCUUCUUGCAGUCCAUGGGACUCUCAAGAGUCUCCUCCAGCACCAUAAUUCAAAAGCAUCAAUUAUUCGGCGAUCAGCCUUCUUUAUGGUCCAGCUCUCACUUCCAUACAUCACUACUGGGAAAACCAUAGCUUUAACUAUACGGACCUUUGUAGGCAAGGUGAUGUCUCUGCUUUUUAAGAUGCUGUCUAGGUUUGUCAUUGCUUUUCUCCCAAGAAGCAAGCGUCUUUUAAUUUCGUGACUGCUGCUGGAAAGACUAGCAUGACUUAUUUAAAGACAGCCCUCUGGGCAGGACACACGCUGGCUGGGCCUGAUGGGAAUUAUAGUCCAGAACAGCUGGAGCAGCUCCAGCUUGGCAAAGUCAGAUGUAAUCAUUCUACAGGGAUGGAUUUAGGGCUGUGCUUGUGGGGCACCCACACUGGGUGCUGAGCCGAGGUGCUGGGCUUUGGGAAGGACACAUGAGGCUCUGACAGUGUCUUAAGAGCUCUUCCGCCUCCUUCCCAAAGCCUAGUUAUUGCUUUCCCAGCUUAGGGAAGGAGUUGAGAGGGCUCUGAGACCCUGCUGUAGCCCUUGCACCUCCUUCCCUAAGUCUGGCGCCUCCUUGCCCACUUUUGGGAAGGCAGUGAGAGGGCUGGGAUGUCAAAUGUUGGCCUCACACAGGGUGUUGUUGGGGACUGUGCUGAGGAGGGGUGCACUAAGGAGGAACGGUGGGAGCCCCCCCCCCUGCUCCUGUCCCUGAAUCUUCCCAGGAGCAGGAAGACAGUAUAGAUUUGGAACAGUGGUUUGUAGAGGGACAUAGUUCAGAAGGCAGAAGCUGGGAAAUAGUGGAUGGGGAACAGCUAGGAGAAGAAACACUGGGAGAGAGUGUUAACAGAUUCACUGUCUCUGGAAAGCAUUCCUCUGCUCUCCCCAAGGUCAAGGAGAGAUGAGAUAGUGGCAAAACAGAAAGUACACAAAGCACAGAGGGUACAGGCUCAGAUUACAAGACAUAGAAGUGAUGUAGAUUAAUAGGGACAUAAGGGGGUGGAAACCUUAAUUGGGAGCACCGUCAUUCCUAGGAGAUGUGUUAUUUGUUCUCUCACUGUGAUUAUUAAAGUUUCUAAAUGAUAAGAAGACUCCCUUUUCCUUUUUUCUGCUUAUCUACUGCCACGGGGGGGGGGGAGCCGAUUCCCUAAAGCCUGACAGGUGCCAUAGUACUCAAGUCCACCACUGAAUUCCUCAAUCGUUCUAUGGCUCAAUUUCUAUCUCACAUUUGAGGAGCCGGCCCUUGGCGUGAAGUAAAGCGUUGUCCCUUCCUCACCUUCCUCCAAAAACUCAUCAGCUGGGUUUCUAAAGAGAGGCGCUGCUGGAUCUCAGAUCGAACCGGAAGACGCACCUCUUGAUUGAAAAACCUGCCUCUCUCUCUCUCCCCCCCCCCCCAAUAUGUCUGAAGUUGGGCUGCAGAUAAUUCAGCGGCAAGGACUCCAUACAUGCUCUGUGGCACUUCGGUCCUUUUCCCUUGCUGCUGCAAAUUUGGCCUCUGGAGCCCAGUGAAGAAGCCCGGCCAAACCCUACCUUUUCUUCUUAACAUCAUGUUCUUUCCGAAGAGUUUUAUCUGGGAGCCGUGCCGUCUUUCUGCCCCCGGAUCCAUAGGGUGCUGUCCAGAAUCCAGAUGUAGGGAUCUCUCUGCCCUGUUCCUGGGCACUGCAACCGUCACACAGGCUGCAGUAGACAGAUGGGUGACCAAUGUAGCUCCUUUGUGUGGAAUCUACCGCUUCCUGUCCUUUCAAUGGUAAAUAAAAAUCGGUGUGCUUUAAGCGUUUCUCAUUCCUUGCCUUGCAAUGCACAUUUGGAUCGGGGAAAGAGCUUGGAGCUGCGGAGGGGAGGGUCCCAGGGGAGAAGAAGCCUCUAGGCAGAUAUUUAUGAUGGACCCCAAGCCUAGAGGCUAAAAUGGGAGACACACAACUCAUUUCCAACUGCAUCAAAUCAUGAUUGAUUUGUUUGUUUGUUUGUUCCCCUGCCCUUCACCCUAAGGUCCCACAAUAUUUAAAACAAUUUAUAACAACUUACAACCAUAAAGUGGUUCCUAAAUAUAUACACCUCAAGCCAAGGCAAUCCCUUCAGCAUUCUUCUUCGGCAAUCCCUCGUAGGCGAGUAAGAUUGUCUUCCAUAUACACGGUUUUAACAAUGAGUCCAUAAUGAGGCCAAUUAGAAUAAUAGAAUCA